AUGUUUAGACCGGCCCAAAGACACUUGUCCACUUCACUAAGGCGGUCUUCUCAGAAGUUUGCAUUCUACGACUUGGUGCUAAGAACACCAUCCCAUCCUAGACAACCUAUAGAAGCUCUGUUGAUGAAGCCCAGAGAGCUCGAGGAGCUCAGAGGACAGACAAAAACGACUUUUGAAGGAAAGUACUCACUAGACAAUCUCUCGCCCGAAGAAAGAAUUGCGCUUGUGUUCGGAGGUAGAAUCAAGGGCGAGACUAGACAGAGCUCGAGUCGAAUGAACGUCGGGCAGCCUCGAAUUAUUGCAGGGGUAACGGUGCCUGAUAAACCUAGAGAACCAGACAACUGUUGCAUGAGCGGGUGCAUCAACUGUGUCUGGGAGAUAUAUAAUGAUGACGUGAAGGACUGGAACGAUCGAAGGAAGUUAGCGGCUGAGAAGCUCAGGGAACAAGGAGGCGUGUGGCCUAGAGACUUCCACCCGCCAGUGAAGCUUCUCAAUAAGGAGAAUAUACCAGAGGACUUGGCAGUGGAUUCUGAGAGCACAAAGGCCGACGAAACGUGGAAGGAUGUGCCUGUGGCCAUACGAGUGUUUGCACAGACAGAGAAGCGCCUUAAGGCGAAGAGACGCCAAAGAGCGCAGGCUUCACAGGCCUCGCAGGCUUCACAGACCUCACUGUCGUCAUAG